AUGGCGUCUCCGCUCUCUUCUCUCUCCCUCCGUCCUCUUCCUCUGUCGCCCGGAAGUUUUCCCCCCCAGAUCUUCCAUCGCCGCCGCGGCCAUGCCGCCGCGCCCCCCCUCCGGUUGAGUCCGCCGGGCGGUGCCGCCCUGCAGGCCAAGAAGGACGGUGGCGACGCCGUCGGCCCUCCGGACCGGCUCAUCGCUGCGGCCUGCUACCUCUACCCCUUCCUCGACGGGAUCCAGUACGGUAAGUAUGUCAUCACCCAGUUCCCGGCCUUCCAGGUGCUGCUGCAGCCCCUUGUCCCCGCUAUCCGCCUGUUCAGGGGUUUCCCCCUCAACGGGCUCCUCAUCUUCUUCACGCUCUACUUCGCCGUGGUGAGAAACCCGGGGAGCUUCAGCCGGUUCGUCCGCUUCAACACCAUGCAGGCCAUCGUCCUCGAUGUGCUCCUCAUCUUCCCUGACCUGCUGGAGAGGAGCUUCUCCCCCCGCGAGGGGGUGGGACUGGACCUGGUGAUGAGCCUGGACAGCACCGUCUUCCUCUUCCUGCUGGUCUCUCUCCUCUAUGGCUCUUCGUCCUGCCUCCUUGGGCAGCUCCCCAGGCUACCCAUUGUUGCAGAGGCGGCUGAGAGGCAGGUCAUGUGA